AUGUAUGAGGAAAAUGCUACGUCAUUCCUGCUCCUGGGAGAGUAUGAUUCAUUAGCCGAACCAAACGUAUCUUCGUACGGCAUCUACCUGGAGGAUACGGACUCGAACCAAACGUAUAUGGGGAACUUUACCUGUCCCCCGACGGACAUGCCCACCACCUACUAUCUGUUCAUGUUCCUGUACGCGGUCGUUUGCCUGGUAGGCGUGCUGGGAAACACGCUCGUCAUCUAUGUGGUGCUGCGGUUUUCCAACAUGCAAACCGUCACCAACAUGUACAUAUUAAACCUUGCGAUCGCCGACGAAUGCUUCCUGAUCGGGAUACCGUUCCUGAUUGCGACCAUGCAUAUGAAGCGAUGGACACUGGGUGGUGCCAUGUGCAAGGCUUACAUGGUGAGCACAUCCGUCACACAGUUCACGUCAUCGAUUUUCCUGUUCAUCAUGUCCGCCGACCGGUACAUUGCCAUCUGCCACCACAUCUCGUCACCCAAGUACCGGACGCCGCUGGUAUCGCGCAUUGUAUCGCUGCUGGCGUGGCUUGCGUCCGCCCUGAUCAUGCUACCGAUCAUGAUCUACGCCGACGUGAUAGAGCAGAAACCAAACACCUACUCGUGCCAGAUACUGUGGCCCGAAACACACGGCCAUCUGCCCGGGUACACGUUUACCCUGUACUCGCUAAUACUGGGCUUCGUGAUUCCGCUCUGCUUCAUCAUGACCUUCUACUGUCUGGUGAUACGCAAGCUACGAAACGUGGGUCCCAAAACGACCGGAAAGUCUCGCGGUAAGCGACGCUCCCAUCGCAAGGUAACGAAACUGGUGCUUACCGUCAUCACCGUUUACAUCCUCUGCUGGCUACCCUACUGGAUAUCGCAGGUAGCGCUAAUCACAUCGGACUUCGAAACGUGCAGUACGAGGCUGGAUUUGAUACUGUUCCUACUGGUGGGCUGCCUCGGCUACAUCAACUCCGCCAUCAAUCCGAUCCUGUACGCAUAUCUGAGUGAGAACUUCAAGAAGAGCUUCCUGAAGGCUUGUACCUGUGCGGCCCGGGCCGAAGUGAACGCACAGCUGAAGCUAGAGAACAGCGUCAUGCCGAAACGGUCUCGCACCCGUACCAACUCCGACACGACACAGCUAACUACCGGGUCGAAGGUGCAGCACCGUUUGCUUGUGGAACCGACGACCACCGCCACCACUACUACGACGGCGGCUUCAUGUGUUUCGUCCCGAAAUCCUAGCCCUCCGCCGCCGCAGCCGCAGCGGACCAACCAUCUCCUGACCGUACCUGGCACGCCUGCCUGUGUAUCGACUAAUGGCAGCAGCAGCAACAAUACCUACACAAACCAUAAUAACAAUAAAACCGAUAUCAGUACCACCAACCCUGGCAAUGGCAAUCCCACCAGUGGCAAGAGUGACCAUUCGUCAGAUUCCUACACCACAAACGAAGGGUUGAGCCUUCCGUGUGGAAACGGUUUAGAGGAGCAGCUUGUCAAACUAACGUAA